GUCACUUGGAAGUUAUACACCUUUUCCAAAAAAUCUGUCAUAGGAGCCUGCUAAUUGUAUAGGACAUAGAAUUUACAGAUGUGUGACGAUGAGUUCAAAAUUUCGUCAGAAAUUCAUCUACAAAGCGAAGUGGACCGUACUGCCAAUCCUUCAUUGUCACAAGAAAAUGUGGUCACAAGAUUCACCUUCAGACUGACAAAAGAUCUAUCAUUCAUUGAAGGACAGAAAGAUGCAGAGGUGGACGAAGACGGUGACUUCAUUUUGCAAAGGCGGGAUAGCACAUCACAGGAUGGCUUUUUAUUAAUUGAACAGAAAUCAUCAACACCAUUGGAACUAGUCGGCCUUCAAGUGUGGCGAGGUGCCCUACUGCUGUCCGAUUUUCUCCUGCACAAUGGCAAAACUUUGUUGAGUGGACACACAGUGCUGGAGUUGGGAGCUGGAGCUGGUCUCUCAAGUAUUGUGGCAGCCAUGUUUGCCCAUGAAGUUGUAUCUACAGAUAUUGACACAGAAGAAAUCCUUGAAUUAAUAUGGGCUAACAAAGAGCGCAACAAGAAAUGGAUAAAAUCAAAGUUUUCUGUUAUGGGAUUUGAUUUUUUUGCUAAGAAAUGGAGUAGUGAACUGGAAGAAAAAUUAAGAGAAGUGACAACCAUUUUGGCAGCUGAUGUAAUUUAUGACAAUGAUUUGACAGAAGCGUUUGUUGACUCUCUUGCUAAGCUCUUGGUAGUUCCACCAGCAAAGACUGUGUAUGUGGCUCUAGAGAAAAGAUUUGUGUUCACCGUGGCUGAUCUGGACUGUGUAGCACCAUGCUAUGAACACUUUCUGCAAUGCUUAUCAAACAUUCAGCGUAAGCCUCCUGGUUCUAACUGGACUGUGGAGCAACUGGCUAUAGAUUUUCCUCAAUAUUUUAAUUAUGAACGUGUUAAAGAACUUGUAUUGUGGAAAAUAAACUCAUAGGAAAUAUUUGUUGUAUCAUAGAGUAGUUCAGCUUUUCUGACAAAGAUGAAUGAAACACAGACGCACACACCUAAUGGAGUUACUUUAAAGGAGUAAUAAGAUGUGAUACUGACCAUUCACCUGCCUGUAUCUACUGGUGUAUUCAGCAUUUUUGAAAUAUAUUCUUUGUUCUUGAAUGCUCAGAGUGAAGUUGAAGUAAUGAAAUAUCAGAUGGUACAGGAUUUGGAGACAGCAAAAAUAAUGAGAAAAUUUAACAACACAAAGUUGGACAGUUGAAAACUUUAUUUGUGUCUAUAGAGAUUAUGAUGCUGUGGAUGUGAUUCAGAGAACAUACAUUUUGAUCAGAAUUCAUGUUUUACCACACCAUUCUGCAGUUAGAUUAAAAAUACAUAUUAUGUGGCAUUUCUAAAGACUCGUAAUAGAAGAUGCAUUAGGUAUAUGUAAAUUGUUCAGUUGUUUUCUCAGAAUUAUAGUGAAGCCUUCUUUGCUCUCUGUAAAGCACAUACUUGAUAUAUCAGAGAUUUGCAUUCGGUAAUUGUAAGAAUAGACUUUGCUGAUAAAUAAGAGUUACUGCAUUUGGAAAAAUAUAGGCUAACUUUAUUGUUCAACUUGGUUUUUCUUUUCAGUAUAACAGUGACAGAUUACUUCGGCAAACAAAGCAAUCAGGUUUACAAAGUUUUGCCAUGUACAUGUUUCUUUCCUCCAGCACUCCAAAUGCAAGAUCUUGCUCUUUAGUUCUAACUUGCCUCUCACAGCCCUCUUACAUUAUCUUGCACUAAUCUCUUCUGUUCCUAUCUAUUUACUAUGUUUCUCUGACCGACAUCUCCUCAUUCUACUCCCCUGGUAGCUGAGUGAUCAGCACAACAGAAUGUCAACCCUAAGGGCCCAGGUUCGAUUCCUGGCUGGGUCGGAGAUUUUCUCCGCUCAGGAACUGGGUGUUGUGUUGUCCUAGUCAUCAUUAUUUCAUCACCAUCGACACGCAAGUCACGGAAGUGGUGUCAAAUCAAAAGACUUGCACCCGGCGAAUGGUCUACCCGACGGGAGGCCCUAGUCACACAACAUUUACAUUUUUACAUCUCCUCACUUCCAUCUCUCCUACUCACUUGAAAUUUCACAUACUACUCCAUGCAUUCACUUACAUGUUUGUUCUUUACUUUCUCUUUCCUUCAUUUGACUUCCUCUCUCAAUUUAUUUUUGGUCAUUAUGUCUUUUUUGACAAGUGCUAAAGUUGUUUCUGCCUUAUGUCAUCAUUUCUGUGCUAUCUUAUUUUUAUAAGCAUUGUGUUAACCUCUUGCGUAGUUGCCUUUGUUGGGUAUCUGAAUAACUUGUCUUUAUUCGUACAAGAUUUUAAAAUCUCCAAUUGCUUUGCCCCCAUCUUCUUCCUAGCACUAGAAGAACAGAUUUCUUUCCAGACGACUGACUUGUGUAUAGUUUUAAUGUAAUUAUUAGCCCUUGUUUUUUGUAUCAUUUAAACAAUAUAGAUAUUUUAUCAACUUUUAUCAUGAUUUGUAUGAAAAAUUUUCAUCUGUUUCUCACUUCCUUUCCCUUCUCCUAGUUAAGUUCCACAGUACAAAGAGGAAUGGAUCAUAAGUAAUCAAAUCCAUUAUGGAUAGCACUGUCAUCAUAUAUAUGUUGCUACACUUGUCAGGUUUUACAGUUGUUUUAGGAUUCAUUAACAGUAGCGCUUCAGCUUACCAACCUAUUUCUGUAAAUACAUUGCAGUCAUCCUCCUAGCUAUCUGGCUGGCAUAUUCAAUAAAAAUCCUUCACAUACUACACUUUCCUUCCAUUGUGCUUUUCGAUAUUGUGAUCCUAUGUCUCAGGACGUUCUCCCUCUAGACAUGCUUUCUUCUUUUUGUGGUGUUGCACAAUUCUGGUAUGUUACUGACUUUUUGUAUGACUGCUUGAUUGAUUUUCUCCUCUCUGCCCAUGUUAUUCUUAACCAUUUCCUAUAGCAUUCAACAGACUACUUCAAUUUACAUUUUCAGUAUAUCUCAUUGUAUAUGUCAAAAGUAUGUUUCAGACUAUAGUCGUCAUCAAUUGUUUUUUCAGUGUCAGUUUGACAUCAUUUGAUGUGGCGAGGCCUUUUCUGUUGUAAAAUGUUGCCUGCUGGUAACUUAUCCAUACUUCAUAAGCAGUUGAUAUUCCAACAUUUCGUCUGGUAUUCUUAUUCAACAAAUAAUCAACCUUAUUGCUGCACUUGUCACAACUUAUUGGUCUGUAUCUUGUUCAGUUUCAUAUUGAAGAGGGCUGGAAGAGUAAUUUUUAUGACUUCCAGUAUGAGUAUACUAUUUAUUCACUAUCACGUGAGGUGGAAUAGUGGUUAAGAAAAUGGAUUCAGGAUUUUUGUGAGUUCUCUUGUCACAUAAGGCAAAUGCUGGGAUGGCUCCUUUGAAAAGGCUUGGCUUCCUCACUCUUCCCCAAUCUGAGCUUGUGCUCCAUCUUCAAUGACUUCACUGUCAGUGGGAUUGAUAUUGUUGUUGUCUUCAGUCCGAAGACUGGAUUGAUGCAGCUCUCCAUACUGCUCAAUCCUGUGUGAGCUUCUUUAUCUCUUGAGUAACUCCUGUAACCUACAUCCUUCUGAAUCUGCUUACUGUAUUCAUCUUAUGGUCUCCGUCUAUGAUUUUUACCUCCCACACUUCAAACCUUAUUCUUAAUUCCUUAUAAUUAUAUUUACUUUAAGUCAUUAGCUGCACUACAAAUUGCAUAACAUCCACAUUUUUGUCUUAAUCUUAGUUUCUUUUCACUCAUUCUUUCAACACAGCACAGAGAGAGGCCAAGAAUGAUGAUGCAGAAACAGUGUAACUAAACGUGAAUUUAAUCAAGAUUCGCACAUACCAAUGCCUAGAAAGGUGGGAGUGCUACUGGAAAACUCCCAGAAGUUUAUCUUCAUUCAUACCACAGAAGACUUUUUCACUUUAAGUUGAUAAGACAAUGAAGCACUGAAAGAAAAGUGCACAACUCGGGUAACAAUGAACAUCAGUUAUUAAGUUUUGCAGUUUACAUUUAACGUUGGCCCAUACGUAAAGAGGAUAUAAAAGAAUUAUUAAAUGGAUUUAACAGAUUACAUAGCAAAAAAUCUGGCAUGUUGUUAAAUAAAGAAAAAUAACAGUACCAGGAAAAAAUUAUAUAACUUUCAAGGAAGCAAAAUUGAAAAAUUGCAGCAGAACAUGUGAACUUAAUGCUGCUAUAACUAUCAAGCAAAUUACUCUAGCUCAGUUAAAUGGUAGAAGCUUGAUAAACAGACCCAUAAAAUGGAAGAAAGGUUCUUUAGUGAGAAGUUAUAUUGGGCCAAACCUAUGACGUGGAUCAAGGAGGAGAGCAGAAGUGUUCAAAUGUUAGAUAUAGACAGUACUAAAAUUUAAAAUAGCAGCUACCAGAUGCAUUUUGUGAGUAGUUCUCCAGAAGGAAUUCCGGUUAAGUGUAAUUUAGGGUAAGUAAAGACACAAAUCUAUGAGAAAACUUGUACCAUUUGAAAGGGUCACUAAAACAGAGAAAUAUGGAGCACGAAAUUGUGAGAGAAAACAAAAGUAAAUGUCAGGAGACUGGGUGAAACUAGAAAGAGAA